GCCGGAAAAAUGAGGUUGGGUUGUGUGGCCAGGAGAGAAUUCUGAUCAAAUGGUAUUUCUGGUGAUGAAACACAAGUGAAUAAGCAGUCAAUCAAUUGCCCAAGAUGAGCAGAAACCUCCUGUUGAGUGUUCAUUCAACAUACCGAAGAAACCUUGCGCUCAACAAUCAAUUAAGGCUCGUCUCGACAACAAGGAUUCCCAAUCCCGGCAGAAAUGACCAGAAGAGCCGCAAGAACGACAGGAGUAGCUCAGCGACGAGCUGGACGAUAUGCGGCAUUGCCAUAGGAAUUAUCUCCAGUGUUAUAGGUGUCAAUGCCUACCUGAAGAAGAGAGAUGACGCAAGCAUUUUCCCGAGAGUCCUGGCUGCCACCAUGACGACUCCUGCUCAGCGGCGGAAGGACUUCAACAUAAUCGCAGACGUGGUGGAAGUGGCUGCGCCGGCUGUGGUGUACAUCGAGAUUAACACUAUAAAGAAGCACGACUUCUUCAAUCAUCCCCUAACAGUAUCCAACGGAUCAGGCUUCAUUGUCGAGGAGGAUGGCCUGAUCCUUACAAAUGCGCACGUGGUGGUGCGCCAGCCCAACACCAGAAUCAAUGUGAAGCUGGCGGACGGGCGGAAUUUCACGGGAGUUGUCGAGGAUGUGGAUUCCAUGACGGAUUUGGCGACAGUGAGAAUUUCGUGCAAAAAUCUGCCCACAAUAAAACUCGGAGAGUCAUCAGUGCUCCGAUCCGGAGAGUGGGUAGUCGCCCUGGGGAGUCCUCUAGCUCUUAGCAACACCGUGACAGCGGGAAUUGUGAGUUCCACGCAGAGAACUUCCAAAGAACUGGGAAUUCUCGGGAAGGAGUUGAAGUACAUCCAGACAGAUGCUGCCAUCACCUUCGGCAACUCUGGAGGUCCACUAGUGAACCUGGACGGUGAGGCGAUAGGGAUCAACUCGAUGAAGAUCGCCGAAGCUGCUGGAAUCAGUUUCGCGAUUCCCAUUGAUUAUGCCAAGGAGUUCCUCAAGCGCAGCAAGGAGAGAAUCAGUCGCGGCGGUCUGAAGCAACAGACGCCUCAUCGACGGUUUUUGGGCAUCACGCACAUCACCAUCACGCCGGAUAUCCUGCACGAGUUGAAACAUCACAGACAUCCAAUGGCCAAUCAGCUCGAUGGCGGCGUUCUGGUGUGGAAAGUCAUCCCAGGCUCGCCAGCGGACAUCGCGGGCGUCAGCCACGGAGACAUCGUGAUCGGGAUUAACGGGAAACCAGUGAAGAGCACUGCAGACAUCCUGGAAGUCUGCCAAUCGCUCACUGAGACCGGCAAUAUCAGGCUGUUGAUCUACAGAGGCGCGCUUAAGCUUGAAGUCAGCAUUCAGCCUGAGUAUCUGGAGUAGCAACAGAGUUGUGAGUGAAACGAGUGAUUUUAUC